AUGCAGAUCGUGGAGCGGUGCUUGGGAGUGCGGCGGGUCCGGCAGAUCCAGCGAGCUCUCCGCAACGGGAAGAUCACCCUCUUCUGUCUCUUCAUCACCGUCCUUGUCCUCCGGGGAACCCUAGGCGCCGGCAAGUUCGGCACGCCGGAGCAGGACUUCAAUGAGAUCCGGCAGCGCCUCCAGUCGCACCGGUCAUCUCUCCCGCACCGCGCCCUGGUGGAGGACUCCGCCGCCGCCACCAAAUUGCCCGUCGCAGAGGACGAAGGUGAUGACGAUAAGGCGUCCGAUCCGAAUGUACCCUACUCUCUGGGGCCUAAGAUCUCCGACUGGGACGAGCAGAGGACGCGGUGGCUUGCUGCGCAUCCGCAUCGGCCAAAUUUUCUGGCGCCGGGGAAACCCCGGGUUCUGCUGGUGACGGGGUCCUCCCCCAAGCCCUGCGAGAACCCCGUUGGAGACCACUUCCUCCUCAAGUCCACCAAGAACAAGAUCGACUACUGCCGCCUCCACGCGAUCGACAUUUUCUACAACAUGGCCCUGCUCGACGCGGAGAUGGCCGGAUUCUGGGCUAAGCUCCCCCUCAUCAGAAAGCUUCUCCUGUCUCAUCCGGAUGUCGAGUUCCUCUGGUGGAUGGACAGCGACGCCAUGUUCACCGACAUGGCCUUCGAGGUCCCCUGGGAGCGCUACAAGGACCACAACCUCGUUAUGCACGGUUGGAACGAGAUGAUCUACGACCAGAAGAACUGGAUCGGCCUCAACACCGGAAGCUUCCUCCUCCGAAACACUCAGUGGGCUCUCGACCUCCUUGAUGCGUGGGCGCCGAUGGGCCCCAAGGGCAAGGUCCGCGAGGAGGCCGGCAAGGUUCUGACCAGCUUCCUCAAGGACCGCCCGGCGUUUGAAGCCGACGACCAGUCGGCCAUGGUAUACCUGCUUGUGACCCAGAGGGAUCGUUGGGGAGACAAGGUCUACCUGGAGAGCGCCUACUAUCUGCACGGCUACUGGGGCAUUCUGGUGGACCGAUACGAGGAGAUGAUUGAGAACUACCACCCAGGCCUCGGCGACCAUCGCUGGCCGCUGGUUACUCACUUCGUCGGUUGCAAGCCCUGCGGCAAAUUCGGGGACUACCCCGUCGAGCGCUGCCUCAAGCAGAUGGAUCGAGCCUUCAACUUCGGAGACAACCAGAUCCUGCAGAUAUACGGGUUCACCCACAAGUCUCUGGCCAGCCGGAGGGUGAAGCGAAUACGAAACGAGACGGACAGACCACUGGAGGUCGAGGACGGCCUCGGACUCCUCCACCCCUCAUUCAAAGCCGUCAAGGUCACAACGGCAGGCAACUUUUGA